AUGAUUUCACGACUGACUUUCUCAGCAGUUUCACGUGUGCUCUGUUCGAAUGGAACAUCCACAUAUAUUCCUGUGUCAAUCUUUGUCAAUCAACAUCGAUUUGCCUCCACUAAACCGAAUCUCAAUGAGGUUGUGAUUGUCAGUGCUGUCCGAACGCCAAUCGGCUCGUUUCGUGGAAGUCUUGCGUCCGUUCCGGCAACUCAACUCGGUGCUACAGCCAUCAAAGGCUGUUUAGAAAAAGCAAAAAUACCGGCUAAUCGUGUGCAAGAAGUUUAUAUGGGUAAUGUCGUACAAGCUGGUGUUGGUCAAGCACCCGCACGUCAAGCAAGCAUCUAUGCUGGUUUACCAAAAGAAACACUCUGUACCACAGUAAACAAAGUGUGCGCAAGUGGCAUGAAAGCGAUCAUGAUGGCUUCUCAAAGUUUAAUGUGUGGCCAUCAAGAUGUCAUGAUUGCCGGUGGUAUGGAAAGUAUGUCAAAUGUACCUUAUUAUCUUCAACGAGGUGAUACACCUUAUGGAAAUCUUCAAUUGGAAGAUGGUAUUGCUAAAGACGGUUUAACCGAUGCUUUUGAUAAAAUCCCCAUGGGUUUAUGUGCUGAGAAAACGGCAAAAGCAGAAAGUCUUAGCCGUGCAGAUCAAGAUGCGUAUGCCAAGCAAUCGUAUGAACGUACAGCAAAAGCAUGGAAGGAAGGCAAAUUCAAUGCUGAAAUUGUCCCUGUGACUGUUAAAUCAAAGAAGGGUGAAGUUGUGGUCAAGGAAGAUGAGGAAUAUAAAAGGGUUGAUUUUGAAAAAAUGAAAACUUUAAGAACUGUUUUUCAAAAAGAUGGAACGAUUACAGCGGCCAAUUCAUCGAAAAUCAAUGAUGGCGCUGCUGCAUGUUUAUUAAUGACACGUCAAGCAGCAGAGAAACUUGGUUGUAAACCGAUAGCUCGCAUCAUUGCCUUUGCUGAUGCCGAAACUGAUCCCGUUGAUUUUAGUAUAGCUCCUUCUUUAGCAAUUCCUAAACUUUUAAAACUCGCAAACGUUAACAAGGACGAUAUUGCUUUGUGGGAAAUCAACGAAGCAUUCAGCGCUGUUGCCUUAGCCAACGGUAAAUUGCUCGGAAUUAGCGACGAUAAACUGAACGUACAUGGUGGUGGCGUUGCUCUUGGACAUCCAAUCGGUAUGUCCGGCGCCCGACUUGUCGUCCAUCUUUGUCAUGCAUUGAAAUCUGGUGAAAAGGGUGUAGCUGGUAUUUGUAAUGGCGGUGGUGGAGCAUCAAGUAUUCUGAUUGAAAAACUCUAA